AUGGCUGAAAUAGUUGUUAGCGCUGUCAUCACCGUGCUGUGUGAGAAGCUGAUCUCUGGUGACUUGAUGAAGCUCGCUCGUUCAGAAGGGAUAGAUUCUCAGCUGAACAAAUGGAAGAAAAACUUGCCCAUGAUCCAAGCCGUGCUUGCUGAUGCAACCCAGAAGCAGAUUAAAGAGAGAGCUGUUCAACUGUGGGUGAACGAUCUCCAGCAUUUGGCUUACGACAUUGACGAUGUACUCGACGAUUUGGCCACCGAAGCUCUGCGACGCAAGUUGAAUCAAGAAGCUCAAGCCAGCUCCAGUAGUAGUAAGGUAUUGAAGCUCGUCGCAAAUUGUUGUACAAAUUUCAAUCCUCGCAACUUCAUGUAUGGUCGGAAGAUGAGUUCUAAGCUAGAUGAGAUCACUGCCAAAUUGCGUGAUCUUGUUGACCAGAAAAAUGAUUUGGGUUUGAAUGUGAAUGUUGAAUGGUCAAAUAUAAGAGAGAGGCAGUUGGAGCAAACUUCACUGGUUGAUGAGUCCAAAAUCAUGGGUCGGGAAGGGGAUAAAGAGGCCUUGAUGGGGAAAUUGUUGGGAAAUGAAGGAUGUAACCAGAAUGUGAGCAUAGUGUCGAUAGUUGGAAUGGGUGGGAUAGGCAAAACCACUCUUGCCAAACUCUUAUACAACCAGGAGAAAGUGAAAGAUCACUUUAAAGUCAGGGCAUGGGUUUGUGUUUCUGAAGAGUGCGAUGUGUUUAACAUUAGCAAGGCUAUCUUCCAAGCAGUAACAGGUCAAAACAAAGAUUUUGCUAAUCUAGAUCUGCUUCAUGUGGCCCUCAAAGAAGAACUUUCAAAGAAGAGGUUCCUACUCGUUCUAGAUGAUGUCUGGAAUGAAGAUGACAGUAAGUGGGAACUCAUACAAAGCCCUCUUCUUGUAGGGGCACCUGGAAGCAGAAUUAUUGUCACAACCCGGAGUACCAGAGUUGCAUCAGUGAUGGACUCGCAACAAACUUACCCUCUAGGCGUUUUGUCAAAUGAAGAUGCACUGUCAUUAUUUGCUCAACAAGCAUUAGGAGAAAAAAACUUUGACAAGCAUCCAACACUUAAGUUGCUUGGUGAAGGUAUGGUUCACAAAUGUGGAAGACUGCCUUUGGCUUUGAAAACGCUUGGUAGGGUCUUGAAGGAAAAUCGAAAUGGCAAUAAAUGGGAAGAGUUGUUGAAGAGUGAGAUAUGGGAUAUAGAUGAUGGAAAUAAGAUUCUUCCGGCUCUAAAACUAAGCUACUAUCAUCUCCCUCCACAUUUGAAGCAGUUGUUCGCAUAUUGCUCCUUAAUUCCCAAGGACUAUGUGUUUGACAAGAAUAAAUUAAUCCUAUUGUGGGUGGCAGAAGGAUUUUUGUCCCAAUCAAAAGGAAACAAGUCAAUGGAGUGUUUAGGUCAUGAGUAUUUUGAAGAGCUAGAGUCAAGGUCCUUUUUUCAACAUUCAACGGAUGGCAAGUUAGGAUAUACAAUGCAUGACCUGAUAAAUGACUUGGCCACAAGUGUUGCAGGAGAGUUUUCCUUUAGAUUGGAUGGUCAGGUGGAUGUAUCUGAUAUGGAUGAAGCUUUUGAUAAGUUUCGUCACUUUUCACUUGUAGGUCGAAGAUCUGGAUCAUACAGAAAGCUUAAUGAAUUACUAAGAGCUAAACACUUGCGAACUUUCUUAGUCAUGUCAGAUGGUUUGGAGAACGACAGCUUUUUGGACAAGGUUCUUCUUGAACUACAAUUCCUGAGGGUGCUAAGUGUCAUGGGCUUGAAUCACAUGUACCCAAGUAAUCACAUAAUCACAAAGGUACCAGAAUCCAUUGGUAGUCUCAAACAUCUACGGUACCUUAAUUUUUCUUGUACUAAAAUCACAUGUUUGCCGGAACAAGUGAGUGAGCUUUAUAAUCUACAGACCUUGUUGCUUCAUAACUGUUAUCAGCUAUCUAGCUUGCCAGAAAGUUUUGCAAAGUUAAUAAACCUACGACAUCUUGGCGUACGUAAUACUCCGAAAUUGAACAAGAUGCCCUCAGGGAUCAGUCGGUUGACAAGUCUACAGACUCUAACCAAAGUCAUUAUUGACGAAGAUAACAGGUUCAAAAUAUCUGACCUUAAGGGCCUUACUGAUCUUCAGGGCCAACUUUCCAUUAUGGGUCUAGACAAAGUGAUAAAUCCAAUACAAGCAAAGGAUGCCAACUUACAUCAAAAGCAGGGUCUUGAAUCUCUCGAGUUGAAAUGGCGUAAAGUCUUUGAUGAUUCGCGGGAUGAGAUGAUCGAAUAUGAAGUACUUAAAGAACUAAGGCCUCAUCCUAAGUUAAAAUUCCUCAAGAUUUUCAAUAACAACGGAAUGCGAUUUCCCAGUUGGGUCGGGGAUCCCUCGUUUGAUCAGUUAACAGAGCUUACAUUACAUGGUUGUAGAAGUACACAUCUACCAACACUUGGAUGUCUAGGGUCUCUUAAAAAAUUGAUUGUUGAAAGGAUGAGUGACGUGAAGACCGUGGGUUUUGAGUUACUUGCAUCCACUGCUUCUUUCCAUGGCAUUGCAUUUCCAUCCCUUGAAGUUCUGAAAUUUGAAUAUAUGCUAAGUUGGCAGAGAUGGUUGAUUGAUAGUGGUGACGGAUAUGAAACUCCUACAUCAUUUCCUCAUCUUCAUGAGAUCUCUUUAAGAUGUUGCCCAAAACUAGGUGAAGUGUCAAUUGGAUUGAUACCUUCACUUCGGGUUUUAUAUAUACAAGAUUGCUCAAAAGCAGUGUUAAGAAGCAUGGUUAGUUUGUCCUCGUCACUAGUUGAAUUGAAAAUGGGGGAUGUUAAAGGACUUACUCAACUACAUGGAGAAUAUUUAAUGCAUCUUGGGGCACUUGAAGAUCUGGAAAUUAAAAAAUGUGAUGAACUGAGAUACUUGUGGGAACAAGAAUCAGAGGCAUGCAAGUGUCUUGUGAGUUUACAGAAGUUGGAAGUAUGGGAUUGUAAAAACUUGGUUUUAUCAGCUGAGAAAGAGGAUAAUUUUGGGAUCAGCAUGGAAUCACUUAAAUCCGUGAAAUUUUAUAACUGUGAGACACUGGAGAGUUACAAUUGUCCAAAAAGUGUUAAGAAUUUAGUGAUCAGGGAUUGUGAUUCACUAACAUCUUUGACCUUCUCAGCAGUGCAGGAGCACCCAUCCCCUAUUACCGAAUCAAUAGUUAGUGAUUGUGAUAACAUCUCUCCAGAGAAAGACUUCGGUUUUCUCCCCAGGUCACACCUAACAUCUCUUGAGAUCAGUGGUUGCAAGAAUCUAAAGUCAUUUCCUCAUGAGCAUUUUCAAAAUCUCACAUCUUUGGUAGAGCUGAUAAUACAUGAUUGUCCAAGUAUGGAUGACUCCUUCCCCUGUGGGGUGUGGCCUCCUAAUUUGACCGUACUAAUGAUAGGAUGCUUAAAUAAGCCCAUGUCAGAGUGGGGCCACCAGAAUUUUCCAACCUCACUAGUCCAACUAGGGUUAUAUGGCAAAGACUCGGGAGUGGUUUCAUUUGCAGUGGUAGAUGAUGUGGGGAAUACUACUACUCCUUCAUCCUCAUCAUCUUUUCUUCUUCCACCAUCUCUUGUUUCUCUAAGGCUUGUUGUAGAAAAGGUGCACGUUCGAUCAAGGCUGUCUACAUGACGUCAGCGAAGGCAAAUAAAGAAUCAAUGAGUUUCAAAAAAGGCAUUAUUUAAAAGGGAAAAAAGAUAUUGACGGAACUGCCCCUGCACUGUUGACAG